GUUUUCACGCCCUUCUGAAAACCAAAACAAACUUAUUUGCGCAAACGUUAUAGAUCUAUAUUUUUUCAAAUUACUGCGUUAUUUUCAUCGUUUUAAUCUCACAAUGUCAAUUUUCAAUCCAUUUUUUAAGUGCAUUAAAGCAUGUCAGAACGCAGUGUGUCUAUUGGGGACACAUUACCAGGAGUGCUCACAAUAGAUGCAUCUGGAAUACUCACUUUACCCUCAGUUGAGUUACCAGAUGAGGAUGAAGGGGGAAUAACUGUAUCUCCAGCCACCCUUCUCUCAUCACAAGCAAUGCUGGUUUCUCCGACCAUGUCCAACCAGACCCUACAGAGCCUGCUAGCCUCCCCCUCCGCCCUCCAGUCAGGGGCCCAGUUUGGGCUUCCUGAGGGGAUUCAGAUCAUCACAGUAACCAACCCUUCCACCCUCUUCCAGACCCCUACCCUUGAUGCAUCCGCCCCACAGAUAUGGCAGAUCAUCAACAGGGAUGACACACUUAUUGCUGUGCCUACAGAAGCCACAGGAGGUAGUGGUGAGGAUGACAGUGGACAGGUGACAUCUACAACAGACCACCUGGAGCUGACCGAGCCCAGCACAGAGGAUCUGGCCAGCGUCCUCAUGCCCCCACCCCCACAACUCCUGCCCAUAGGUUGCCCAUCCUGGGCUGCCAGGUUGAAAAACUGUGAGAGAAUCGGAGACUAUUACCGAGGCUAUGUGGACACAGAGGUUGAGAUGGACAUUUUGUUGACGUACCACAAGCAAGCAACACAGAGCUUCUGGGGCACGCGGCAGUCUCCGAGCCCUGCUAAACAGUCCACUCGCUUCAUGUGGAAGUCACAGUACGUCCCGUUCGAUGGAAUACCCUUUGUAAAUACUGGCAGCAGGGCUGUUGUGAUGGAGUGUCAGUUUGGACCUCGAAGGAAAGGCGGCCUGGCAAAGAAAGUGGGUGACCAGGAUAGCAGUGGGGAAUACAGGCAAACAUGCCCUGCACGAAUCUACAUCAAGAAGGUGCGUAAAUUUCCAGAAUUCAAGAUUGACCCCAAUAUGGACAAGCGGUCAGCUAAGGUUGCCAUGGAUAAAGCCUUCCAUAAACUUAAACAGCACAACCUUGAGAAGAUAGGACAAGACAGAUACUACAUUCAGCUGCCAACAGUUGCUGCGCACGAGUUUCAUGAGGAGAUUGCCAGCCGGUCGGGGGUGACACUCAUGCCCCAGCAGUUUAAGAGCAAGGAGAGCCAAACCCCUGAGGACAUCAUCCUGGAAACUGAAAAUGCAGAGACUGACAAAAAACACCGAUUACACCCUAUGGUAAUACAGAAGUUGCGGGAGAUAGUAGCCGGGGGAGAAGUGAGGGUGUAUCAUGUACGAAGAUUGCUGAGGAUGUUUGUGUGUCGAGAGCUCAUGAUGACGACAGGCGAGGGGAAUAUCAACCGACAUGAUUUGAGUCUGUUUCCCACCAUCACAGACCUCAAAAACCACAUACACCAGUCUGUCAAGGACAUAGAGAGCGGGUCUCUCGCCCUCACGGCAUCUACAGUGAAUGUUGAGCCUAUGUCAGAGAUGUCUGAAGAUGACAGUCUGGUACAGGUCAAUAGUUUCAACAUCUGGCCACAGGCUCCAGGCGAGUGUGAGAGCCCAAUGCCAGAGACUGUUACCGUUACUUUAACACAGGGCCCCGGGGAGGAUGGUGAGCAUGUGAUAUCACGUAUAGAGACACACAUGAGUGAUGGGAGCACCCAGAUCAGCACAAGUCUCACCCCAGAGACGGCUCAGAUCCUGGCACGCUUAAACCCCAGUCUCUUCCCUCCAGGCAGCCUCAUACAGUUGAAGGUAAGCCCUGAUGAGGUAGGAGAGGAUGUCCCGGCCAGCAACGUGAACCUGAACAGUUCCUCAGGGCUUGACAAUCAGGAGUCAUUUACAGAAAUGGACAUGGAGGUGCAAGAUACAGAACCGAGUUUAACGAUUAUUCCAAAAGAAGAAGACACCCUCACGAUAUCAGCACUAGAUGCCAGUCAGAUCAUCACUUCAGUCAGCCCCUCAGCCUUAGUUGAACAAAACGACCAUGUCCUCAUAUAAACUGGGCUCAGUUGCUCAAAACAUUACUUGUCUGUUAAGCUAACUGGUGAAGAAAAUUUCUUACGUUGAAGCAAUUUAUGUGUUAUGUAUUCUGGAGAUAUUUUCAACAGUCUCUUGGGGCCGUAUUCAAUAAGCAACUUAGAUGGAACUUAAAUUCAAGAUUAGAAACUAAGUGCUUUGAUUGGCCUGUAUAUUUAGCUGACCAAUAAGCUGAAUGGAAUCACUGAGGCAUGCCUAAGAAUACGGGUAAGAUCAAUAUUGAAUAUUCGGCCAGUAUUGGGAUUCUUGGUACAAAGGCACCCAAAAUGACGACAUAAUGGUGCUAUUGAAAAGUACUUGAGGAAACGUUUGCAAUAAAGAAUGUGUUUCUGAGUAAAUGUCUGCUUAAUCGACUAAUUAUGACUUAAAACAUCGGAGCACAGAUACAUUUGAAAAUGACCUAAUGAAUGGUUACUUUUGGUUAUAUUUUGUUCCUCAGUUUAACACAUCAUAUAAUAAUACCAUUAGUUACACUUUUUCAUUGCCAUGAAUUGGUGGCUUCUUGUGUUGGAAUCUGUUCAAGGUCAUUUUUCAAACAAUGACCAAAGUCACUGAUUUCUUGAACAGUUUUAUUACAGAUAAUGCGAAACAAAUAUUCCUUCUACAGGUAGUGUAUUUUCCAUUGCUCAAUAUAGAAUUCCAGAUUUACCAUAUUUAUAAAGGAGCCCAUAUGAACCUGUAAUUGCUGCCAUGUGUAUUGUUCUGUUUCAAAAGUGUUUCUGUUUUUCAAAGAAGAGGGGUUUAUGUAUUGUUAAUCUUUGCAUUAGUUUUGGGAUGUCAAAGUCGGCAGUUUGCAACAUCUUGGCCAGAACCAAAAAAUCAUUUAGAUAUUCAAAUGAAACUUAGAGGCAUAGGCAAUAUGCAUAUGUCUAGCUUGGCCAAUAACUCUUGCAAAAUAAUUGCUGUUAUUUUUAUUUAGAAUUGUGUUGGAGUAAUGAGCUUAAGAACCUGGUAUUUGUAAAAGUGUUUCCUAUAAAAUUCUAGGGGUGGUUCAAAAUGUAUUUUAUUUGAAGUCUGCAAUGAAUGCAAACUGUGUAAAAUUGUUGUUAUUUAUUUAUUGUAAAUGAGGUAAAUAUCUUCAAUUGAUAUUACCUCAUUGUUUGUUACGUUUACAUAACUUGUACAAUGUACAGAGUGCAAUUAGUUAAUAAAAUAAAUGGAAAUUUAAA